CAUUACUAGGGAUCUUAGCCUUUUCGUGGGCUUCAUUCAUUUUGAACCCAACGGCCCAGAUUGGUUUAGCCCAAAAUUUCCGGUCUCGGAACUUCUGCUACUGUCUCGAGAUUCUCCUUAGACUUUGAACUGCUGCUCAUUUAUCCAUCACUAAAACCGAGUUUCGCCGUAAUCAAACCAAAAUCCAGCUCAACACAGGAGCGGAAGCAAGCAACGGACUAGCUGCCAGCUUUUUAUCGCCCGGUCAUUUGAAUGCUUCUCAUCUCUCUCUAGGAAGAUCAAAUUCAGAAUUUGGCGCCACAAUAUUGCGAGCGGGGGCGGGCACUACAGUCGAUUGCCAACCCAUUUGCAAGCCUUUUGUCAAAGAGAGAGAGAGAGAGAGAACAAUUGGUUCGCUGCUGGAAUGGAGGGUUUGAGAAUGGCGUUGCGAUCUCGAGGCUUAGUUGUUUCUAAUCUGCCAUACAAAGGUCGAUGCCUUUUGGCCGACAAAGAUUUCUAUCCAGGGGAAGUUAUAAUAAGUCAGAAUCCGUACGUGUGUGUUCCAAACAACAGUUCGGGUGAAUCGCGGUGCGAUGGAUGUUUCACGACGAGUAACCUCAAGAAGUGCUCCGGUUGUCAAGUUGUGUGGUAUUGUGGGACCACUUGCCAGAAAUCACAAUGGCAACUGCAUCGUCUAGAGUGCAAUAUGCUCUCCAAGCUGGAAAAGGGCAGGCGGAAGUCUGUUACUCCUACCAUCCGUUUGAUGCUGAAGCUUUAUCUUAGAAGGAAACUGGAAAGCGAGAAGGUCAUCUCAGCAACCCCAACAGCGAACUAUAAUCUGGUGGAUGCAUUGGUGGCUCACAUGGAAGACAUUGACGAGAAACAACUCCUGCUGUAUGCUCAGAUGGCCAACCUUGUCUACCUGAUUCUUCAAUGGCCUGACUCUGAGAUCAACGUCAAAGAAAUUGCCCAAAAUUUUUCGAGGCUAGCUUGCAAUGCUCAUACCAUCUCUGACAGUGAACUGAGGCCCCUUGGGACAGGCCUCUAUCCAGUUAUAUCCAUCAUCAAUCAUAGCUGCUUGCCAAAUGCUGUUCUGGUAUUUGAAGGAAGUUUAGCGGUGGUAAGAGCCGUGGAACAUAUACCGAAAGGUGGUGAGGUACUCAUAUCUUACAUCGAGACUGCUGGAAGUACUGCGACUCGGCAAAAGACUCUGAAAGAGCAAUACUUUUUCACGUGUGCUUGCCUCCGUUGCAUCAAAGUGGGUCAGCCAGAUGAUGUUCAGGAAAGUGCCAUUUUGGAAGGUUACCGGUGCACAAACGAAAAAUGCAAUGGCUUCUUACUCCGUGAUUCUGACAACAAAAAAUUUGUAUGCCAAUCCUGCAGAAAGCUGAGAAGCAAGGAAGAAUUACAAAAAUUGGCUGCAGAAAUAAAUGGGUUGUCUGAAGAAGCUCAGAAGUCUAUGUCCAAUAACAAUGCCAAGGAAUCAAUCUGCGUUCUUAAACAUGUUGAGAAGAUGCAAAGGAAACUUUUCCACCCCUAUACAGUUAUUUUGUUGCAAACUCGUGAAAAGCUUCUCAAGAUGUUGAUGGAUCAAGAAGACUGGCAAGGAGCUCUGGAAUAUUGCAAAUUGACCAUUCCUGUUUAUCAAAAAGUUUAUCCAGAAUUCCAUCCAUUACUCGGAUUGCAGUAUUACACAUGUGGGAAGCUUGAGUGGUUGCUUGGAGAUACGGAGAAUGCUAUCAAUUCUCUGACUAAUGCAGCAAGAGUACUUGGAGUUACUCACGGAACGAAUACACCCUUUGUUAAGGAGCUCCUGAUGAAGUUGGAAGAAGCACGUGCUGAAGCUUCAUACAAACUUCAGUCUUGUGACGAGUAGCAACUGCAACUCAUAAUGUGCACCCUUCAGCGUACAAACUCCAAGUUCCCAAUUGUCUUAUUGGUCACUGUGCAAAGAAUGGCUGCAGCAAAGUGAAAGCACGGAGGCGAAGGGAGAAUCAUUGACAGAAGUUGGUUCCAGAUACACAAGCAUCAAUUCUGUUCUGACAUGUAAUCGUAAACCAGAAACCUUCUCCGACCUCUGAAGACGUCGCUGGUAACACAACAGCCACGGAGGCAGAGGAGAUUCCUGUGCCUGAUCUUGCUUAGGAUCUCAACCUUGUUGGAGAGGUCCUCGUUCCUUGCAUCCUUUCCCCAGGAUCCUCUGUGAAAACCCAUUCGUAGCCUUUUCGAGCUCUGCUCGCUGAAACCACCUCACCCCCUAGAAUUGUGGAGCACAAAACAUUUGAAACUGCCCACAAAUUCGAGCUCUGCCUCAUUCGUCUUCCUCUUCUUCCGCUUUCUGUACAAAAUUGUGAUCAACCGGCCCCAAUUACAAGAGCUAAAACACCACCGGCGACAAGCCCCAAUAUCUUUCUCUAACGGUGACCCUCAUUAGGGUUCUUGGCAGGAGAGGCAGAGCUUUUCAAUGGCAAGGCCAAAAUACACCUAGACGUAUUGGCAUCCAAAGGACCACGCUCGCUGACCUUACCAAUAGCGUACAGGCAAGUGAAGUGGAAACACUUGGGAACUGGAAUUGGGCAUGAUGUCCGUGAGCUGGUAAGCCAAACUUACGUCGGCAUUGAAGCAAGCGCUGCAGGGGAUGUAAUCGGAGAGAUCGCCUCUGCAAGCGGCGUCCACCGCGGUGAAGGUUCCGACCUUCUGGACCCAAUCGACGGCGGUGAUGAUCCCGGUACAGCUGAAAGCGUUGGAGACGAACUAAUUCGGGCCUCUGAAGCAGAGAGAGACCAAGGAAGGGUCUAUUUUUCGUCUUUCUCUUCCAUUAUAUUGAAAGAACCAAAUUUCCAUCUUGUGUGCUUCAUUCCUUCCUAAAAAAAUUGAAAAUCCAAA